AUGACUGGAUUAUCGCAGGUGUGCUUCGCCGCAGCUCUGCUCGUGCUGUGCUCUUCGAUCCGUUGUUCCGCUGCCACGCCGAGCGAAGAGCCAGGCUGCGCGGCAGACACAGACGUGCUGCUCCAACAGCGCCAUGAGAGCCCAAUCAGCCGAGGAAUGCAGCUGGCUGAGUUGAUCAAGCUCUCAGAUGAUCCAUCCGCGGCAAAGUCUGAGAUUGAUGUGCCCAGCAGGCAGGUCGUGGACAUCAACAUCGGAACGAACCUCAGUCCCAUGAAGUCGGCAGGUGACAACUUUCUCCUGCAGGUCGAUCCGCUCCCGGAUGUUUGUGACAAGCUGAAGAGCCAUCUGCAUGACAACAAGCAUGUGGCGGUGUUGUGCUGUGCAGCGUCUGGGGCGACCCCCACAUCUACAUCCUCGAUGGCGACAAGUUCGACCUGUUUGAGAACGGCACCUACCCCAUGUUCGAGUUCUCCGGCCAGAAGCUGGUGCAGCCUAAGCAGAAGGGACCUGCAGAGGUGGACUGGGAGCUCCAUUGCGGUGGCCCACUGGACGGUGCAGGGCUUGCUGCUGGAGGACCAUUCCAUGGGACGCUUCCGCCAGGCACUGGAAUUUUUUCCAGCAAGGACCGGGGGACCACGGUCGUUGGGGGGUGCUGAGCAAGAAUGGCCACACUGUGUCCUUGCUGGAGGACGAGGACUACGUCACGAGCUUCGAGUACGUCAACGAGAAGAGGAUCAGUCCACGCAUGAACGGUCAGCACGGCAGGAAGGACACGAUCGCGAUGAACACCGUUUGCAAAGCCCAGGGGCAUCAGCCUGCGUGUCAGCAUGCCGAACAUGGCCGACGGCCAGUUCUUGCAGGGCCAAAUCAACCCCCGCCGGUGGUAAGCACAAAUUCCAGACGAAUCAGGGCUGGGCAAAGUUGGGUGGCACUGCCGAGGUUGCGGAUUUCCUCGAGGGCCUCGAGGGCAAGCAAUGCAAGCAAGCCUUUUUCUUGCUGCAUCCUUCGAAGAUGCCGAACGCGCCAAGGCGGAGAAGCUGUGCAGGGGAAAUGAGUGAGGCCGAAGGCAUCAUGCACAGAUCUUCGAAGACUGCAUCUCGGACGUGUGUCGAGGUGGCGAAAAGUUUGCGAAAUCGGCAGCCGAGAUUCUGGCAGGUCUUGACCAGUGAGGCAAGCAGUGACGCAAGGAGUAGCAUUCUAUCGGAGAGGAUCCUUUUGCAGCCAUGUCAUCCCGUAAAGAUGUUGGGGUAG